AUGUCAGACUCUGAAGAUGAUUCUCUUUAUGAAAGAGCACAACUAUCUUCUAUAACCAUUGUAGACUUAAGUUCAGAAAAUUUAGUCCAUGAUGACCAAGGUUGCCCUUUGAAACCAAUUGGUGAGAACGAAGAGAUCACGGUUCCGAUUCCUAAAAGACACGUGUGGUCCAUAUCUGCAAACAUAGUUGGGAAGAGACAAAUCGAUAAGGAACGAGGAGAUGGCUUGGACCAGGCGGAAGAUGAAAGACCAAGAAAAUAUUCUCGCCAGAUAUCAGGUGCAGUGAUAAAAGAUCCAAUACAUUGUUGUAACGAUAUAUUGACUAGGAGCAAUCCACAAACAAAAGAAGAAGAACUUUUACUUUGGCAGUUAAAAUGGAAGAAAAUUCUAAAAGAAGAGACAGUAAUUUAUUUUGAUACUAAGUACCCAACUUCGAGCAUGAACCGUUCAAUAAAAAUGAAAUUAGAUAAAAAGAAAAAUAUGCUGAAAAAUAAGUUCCUAUGCUUGAAUACAAAAAUAAUGCCUUAUUUCGAUAAUACAGUGACACUUAUUUUGUCGGAACGUCCCUUUUCUGCUAUGCCUGAGCUCUUCCAGGCCUUUGAAAACAGAAGUAUAAAAGUUUGGGAUUAUGAAAAGGCAUUAAGAUUCUUUCAAAAAUUAGAGAUUGAUGUAAGUUAUGUGAUGUCUUUUAACUUUAAGGGUGUGCCCCUUGGAAGGGAUAAUAGUGAUUCAAAAAGUGAGAUUUUCUAUUUGAGAGAAUUUCGCCCUUAUCUCUAUAUAUAUGACUUCCAACAAAUCUGGGCUCCGUUGGUGAAAGUGGAAUGGGACCCAAAACAUUUCUCUAACAUGAAUGCCUUGCCAUAUCCAACACUAAAAUAUGGAACAUAUGGAAGUUGUCCAUUCGUAGAUGAUGGGAGAAAUAAUCGACACGCUGUCAUGUGGAUCGUUAGAAGAUAUGAAAGAGAUAUGAAUAAGAAGAAAUAUGCUAUGAGACUGCGGCAGUUAUAUUGUAACCGUGCGAAACCUCUAAAGGUUUCAAGUAUUCCUCCAAUUAUCCCUCAUACAACAAUGGAUUCUAAAAAAUGUGUGGAAAGACUGCGAAAAGAGCGUGACGUUUUGACAUUGGCAAAAAAACAUCAAGAACAGAAUAAUACUUCCUUAUCAGACGUGUAUUUUGACAGCAACUUAGUGAGAGGAAUUAAUGAGUUGUCUAUUCCAGACCAGCAUUUUGCAGAGAUUAUCGGCGAACACCAUGCAAGUGGUUUUUCGAAUGCUAAUACAAAUACAUGUAAUAAGAAAAUAGGAAUGGAUACUGAAACCCCAAUACAAGCGCAAGCGUCUUCACAAAAGGCCAGCCUUCGUUUGCAGCAUGAAGAGUUUUACGCCCGGAUAGACUCCCUCAUUGAACUAGUUCGGAGACGAUGCCGUUAA